AUGGCCAGCAAGCUCAUGGAGCCAGUUGCGGAAGAUGACUAUGAGCCCACUGAAGAAGAGAUACAGGAGUAUGCGCAAGCGCUUGGCUUUAUUCUUCCCGAUGACAACGAUCUUCUAUACAUUGCCCGCGAGGGUCUGAAGGCGCCCUUGCCCCCAGACUGGCGUGUUGCUAGUACAGCAGACGGAGAUAUCUACUACUAUCAUAAGGAUAAACGGGAACCUACUUGGGAUCAUCCGAUGGACGAGUUCUACAAGAAGAAGUUUGAGGAGGAGAAGGCACGAAGGGCAAAGAAGACGAACGUGCUAACAUUUACCAAGAUGACUUUGCCUAAGGAGUCUGCAGAAGAGAAGCUCCUUACGAGCGGGUCCUCAAAUUCUGGCUCUUCACAGGGACCUAGAGAUUCUGUCGAGCGGCCAUCAUCCCUGCCCCAGCUUUCGGUCAUCAAUCUUACUGGCUCAUUAGACAACCAGGAACCGGGUAGCAUGCCCAGUACUGCAAAUCAGUCCAUCAUCCCAACAACCUACAGAGAGUUUCAAAGCCCACUGAGUGGCAUCAACAGUAGCGGCAGAGUCGGCGAUGCGCCCUCAGUCCAAGGAGACUCGGUCCAAGAAGAUAUACCCAAUUCGGAUGGUAGCAAACCCGAUAUUAUUAAGGGCAUUCUGAUGGCACAAAUGGGCUCCCUCCCCAAGCAAGAGGCUAGCUCCCCCAGUGCGGUCAAUGAGACUGCAAAUGAGUUGCCAUCGCAGCUUUUUGGAGCCAAAGACAUGAUUGAGCUAUCUAAGCAGCAUGCGCAAGAAAUGGCCGAGCUGUCUAAAGCCCAUGGAGCCGCAAUUACUGAUCUCUGUGAAGUACAUGCGAAGGAGAUUCUAAAACUUCGGGAAGAGCACAGCGAAGGGAUCAAGAAGAUGAAACAGGAUCUAAAUGAGGAGUACAAAAGAGAAUAUAAAACACUGAGAGAGGAGUUUGACCGCAAGGUGACAGAGCUCCGUGAAGCGCACGAUAGGCAGAUGAAGAAACUUGAUAGCAUGUAUGGUGAUGAAGUGCGACAGGCCAAACAGAAGUACGACAGCCUCAUGUCUGAUAAAGAUGGGUAUGAGCGUAGAAUAGCCGAUUUGAAGGUGGAGCAGUCUCGUUUGCUCGCUGAGAUCAAUGUCCUCGAACAGAGCCUAGUGACUCUUAAGCAGACAGUGAGUCAAUUAACCGUUCAGCAGCAAUCACUUCUAGGGCAAUUACAGGCUCAGGGCCUCCAGCAAAAGCCCGCUCAGUUACCUUCACCAACUCGUAGUGCUCUGCCCAAGGACGCUGAAUCUCCAAAGACCUUACUUCAUACAGUGGAUAUAGAUGCAUUCUCAGGCUUUGGAAACUUCAUUGUCUAUUGCCUACCGGACCCGGCACGGUCUGCCCUUCUGAGCGAAGUUCUUCGAUUGCGCGUGAUUGGUGACUACCUUCGUCAAGAAAAGAGGCACACAGACCUGCGGGUAAAGGCUAUGGAGGCUCGGCGGGCAGCUUUUGUUACUCAGUCAAAGAUAGCCAGUGAGGAAACAAACAGCCACGGCGGGCCUACAACCAGCAAUUCCACGAUCCAAAAGAUUUAUGAAGAGCGCAAGCAAAUCGAUGCCGACUCCAGGGAAGUCAACCGCGCAAUAAGUAUCUACAAACGGUCUAGCGACUGGCUUGCAGAGAAGAAACUAUUUACAAACACACUAUUGCGGUUCCUCAUCAAUAGCGUCAGCAGAAAGAACGAGCUCCUUGCUGCGUUGUCGGACUUAUUUAACGAGUACACUGAUGUCUUUGAAAACAGAACAGAUGGUCCGUGUACGGUCAACGCAAUAGGAUAUAGCAAUGGUAGGCUAUCGACUGGCUUUGUACCGCUCACGUCGCUCGAAACGCCGGACGCCAGGAGCACCCGAGGCAGCGGUGCCGACCCCGGUCCGAGUCGGAGACAAAAGGAAAGCUACAUCCGUGGAAAGAUCUUAGAGUUAUUUCAGAUCAAUGAUUACAAACUGUUCACAACCAUGAUCACUGGGAUAUACGGAAUAACACCCGGGAUGCCCGGAGGCAGCAUGGAGUCGCUGUCCUCAAGCAUUGUGAUUAAUCAGAUAUCAACAGCGAUUGGUGCGAAUAAGUCCUGCUGCGGGCGUAUAGUGCAAGAUGAUGACGCAUUCUAUCUAGAAAGGAGAGAGCCUCUCCCUGAUCUCGUUGCAAAAUUGUGGCGCGCAGAACUAAGAACGAGUAGCGAUGGUCCCGCGCCACCAAGAGCUCCUGAAACCCGUGACGCAAAGAAAAAGAUCCUUAGAGGAGAGGAAUACUUCAAUGAAAAGGGGCAGAAAAUAAUUGUCCCCACAGAUGAUUCGGGCUUCAUUGUGAUGGUUCCCGAUGUGCCACCGCCGGUCAGCAAGACAGAUCGUCGCCAACGGAGAAGGUUUACGCCAGAGAUUGCUAUGGUGAAGGAAGCUCGACAAACCACAGACGCUGAGAAAGCAAAGGCAUCCUCUAAAUGGUUAGACGAAUAUCGCGUGGUUACCAAGGGUUACAUUUAG